AUGGCCAAGAUCUUCGAGGAGGAGUCAGGUGGUGGCAUCAACAUGGGAUGCGUCGUUGGAACCUAUGGGUACAUGGCGCCCGAGCUCGCGUUGGAGGGCGUAUUCUCAGUGAAGUCUGACGUCUUUAGCUUCGGAGUGCUCCUCCUAGAGAUCCUAAGCGGGCAGCGGAAUGGUGCACUAUACCUUGAGGGGCACGACCAGUCACUCAUCCGAGGCGCAUGGGAGCUGUGGAUCCAAGACGAUGCGGCCGAGUUCAUGGACCCAUCUCUUGGCCGAUCCUACUCAAGGGACGAGGCGUGGCGGUGCUACCAUGUCGGCUUGCUCUGCGUGCAGGGAAACCCCGACGUCCGUCCCACCAUGUCCAGUGUCCUCCACAUGCUCAUCAGCGACCAUACGGAGCUCCCAGCACCAGACAGGCCACCGUUGUUCACAAGGCACAAUAGCUUACCAUUCCCGGCAAUGCCACUGUCAGUCAGGACAGAGUCAAGGGUGUCUCCUCCUCAUUCCAUCAAUGAUGUCACCAUCACUACAAUCCAACCGCGAUAA